GGAUAUCAGAGUAAGAUCUGCUCUCAAGUACCAGAAAGGUUGUUAAUAUUGCUGUAAUCUGAUAAUUUUUUCCUCUGAAGCCCCAGCCUGAUAUUUUGGAUUAGUUCCCCCAUAAAUCAGGUAAAAUACCCACAUUCAUUUUGAAUGGUAGUUCCUUAAAUGGCAAUAAAAUAAUGGGAACUGAAAGAGUUAACAGGAAGGUUAUACCUGCACAAUACAUUUGCCCAACCCUUUGUGAUUUAAAAAGUCCCACUGGUUAUAGAGAGAGAGGAACUUUCAGUUUCGUUUCUUAUUCCUGAUUUCAGUGAUGGCGGCUGCUGAUCUGAGAGACGAGCUGAGCUGCUCCAUCUGCCUGAGCAUUUAUACUGAUCCGGUAUCCCUGCCCUGUGGCCAUAACUUCUGCCGGGGCUGCAUUUGGGUGGUGCUGGGUACCCAGGAGGGGUCUGGGGCUUAUUCCUGCCCUGAAUGCAGAGCUGAGUAUCAGGAGCGCCCUGCCCUGCCCAGGAACAGAGCUCUGGGGAACAUAGCAGAGAGGUUCCGUCCGACUGAGACAGAGCCGGGGGAGACUGGGAUCUUCUGCACUUACUGUCUCCUCUCUCCUGUACCUGCUGCUAAAUCCUGUCUCCUGUGUGAGGCUUCUCUGUGUGAUACCCACCUGAGGGGGCACUGCCAGUCAGCAGAACAUGUACUCACUGAGCCCACCGCUUCCUUUAUGGGGAGAAAAUGUUCUGUACAUCACAAGGUUCUGGAGUAUCACUGCUGUGAGGACUCUGCCUGUAUCUGUGCAUCCUGCUGCCUGGCCGGGGAGCACCGGGGCCACAGGGUAGAGCUGCUGAGUGAGGCCUCUGAGAAGAAGAAAGAGAAACUGAGGAAAGUUCUGGAGAAACUGAGCCCAGAGAGAGAGGAGACUGAGAGAGGAGCCCAGAGGCUGCAGGAGCGCAGGAGAGAAGUGGCAGAAGCGGCAGCUGGUGAGACAGAGAGAGUCACUGCCCUGUUUAGGGGCAUCAGGGAAGAGCUGGAAGCCCUAGAGAAGCGACUCCUGAGUGACAUCUCCAGGCAGAAAGAGGAGCUCUCACUCACACUCACUGAGCUGAUCCAACAGCUGGAAAUAAAGAAGGACGAGCUGUCCAGGAAGAUCCGGCACAUUGAGGAGCUGUGCAACAUGGCAGAUCCACUCACUGUCCUACAGGAACAAUGGGAAUCCCAUGGAGCUGCCUUUUGUGGGGCUGAGGGGGCAGAUACUGAGGGCAGAGAGAGAGGGGGUAUAAAGGUCCCGGCUGUAGGGGAUCUGGAUGUGGGUCGGAUCUCAGAGACAUUACUCACAGGCUUAGCUGGGAUUGUGACUGGGGUAGAGGGAUGGAUCUAUGGGCAGGAGGCUACAGAGCUGGUACUGGAUAUAAACACGGUUGGGAAUCAUGUAUCUGUAUCAGGGGACAGGAAAUCUGCUUCCUACUCACAUACAGACCAGCGUCGCCCACAAACCCCAGAGAGAUUUCAGGGGCCUCAGGCUUUAAGCACCAGGAGUUUCCCCUCAGGGCGACAUUACUGGGAAGUGGAGGGCAGUGAAUCAGGGCGCUGGAGGGUAGGGGUGGCCUAUCCCAGUAUAGAGAGGAGAGGGUUUCAGUCUCUCAUUGGGAAUAAUAAUAAGUCCUGGGGUUUGUACAGAUGGAAUAAUAGCUAUACAGUGAGACAUGACAGGAAAGACACACAAUUACCCCACGUCCCUUCCUGCAGGAAAAUCAGGAUCUCAUUGGACUAUGAGGCCGGACGCCUGUCCUUUUAUGAGCUGAGUGAGCCAAUCAGGCACUUACACACCUUCACUGCCUCCUUCACUGAGCCCCUUCAUGCUGCAUUCUGGGUAGGGUGGGAUGAUGGUGACUGGGUGAGAAUCAUUAGUUAGGGCCCCGCCCACUGCCCAGCAGGAACCCCAUUCCCAGAGCUGCCCUUAGCCCUGUGAUGCCAGGAAAGGAAGGAGGUGCAAGAGCCAUAUUUACAUUGGACACUCCUCUAGCCGUGACUGGGCAGCCAUAUUAACUAAUAAAGUUAUCUAAAAUCCAUUAUCUAAAAUAUUACAGGUAUAUGACCCGUUAUCCAGAACGUUUGGGACAAAGGGUAU